ACCUUUUUUUGGCUGACAAAUGAAAUCACUUUACACUUUCCACCAACAACAAAAGUUCACAAUUUUUUAUGAAAUUCUGGAAAAAUACGAAAAGUUUUAUACAAAAUCUGUUUACAAAAAUGGACACUGAAGAAUUGGAACCCAUGGACAUGUUAGCCUAUAUAACUGAGGAGUUACAGGGACGCUAUAGGGCUGCUAAAGAUGUCACAGCCCAGGCACAAGUUUUUCAGGAUUUCCUUAGGCGCUGGGAGGCAGAUAGUGCUUUAGAUGUGUUAAGAAAACAAAAUUAUGAAGUGCAAAAGGAUCUUGAUUGGUUUAAUGUGAGUCAGCCCUUGACCUUGGAAAGCUUAAGGGGAAAGUUAGUGGUAUUGGAUUUCUUUACUUACUGCUGCAUCAACUGUAUGCACAUAUUACCCGAAUUGAAUGCUUUAGAGAAAUUGUAUCCUGUUGAACGGGGCCUGGUGGUGGUGGGUGUCCAUAGUCCCAAGUUUGAAAAUGAAAAAGAUGCUGCCAAUAUUUUAGCGGCUGCUCAACGCUAUGGCAUUGAACAUCCCAUUGUUAAUGAUCCACGCAUGUCUUUGUGGCGUGCUAUAGGCAUACGUUGUUGGCCUACUUUAAUGGUUUUGUCUCCCAGUGGUGCACCUUUGUUAAUGUUAAUGGGUGAGGGACAUGCUUUAUUUUUGGAACGUUUCACCGAACAGGCUUUAAGAUUCUUUGCUCAAAAGGAAGAACUAAAAUACUUUGCUCUACCUUUAAGACCCUCUUUGGGUCUUUUGCCCGCCUCUAAAUUAAGAUUCCCCGCCAAAAUUGCCCGCAGUGAGGAGGGAAAUUUUGCUGUAGCUGAUGCCGGCAACAAUCGUAUAUUGGUGUUUAACAUUAAGGGGGAGGUUUUGCAAAAAAUAGGCUGUGGUGUAGCUGGCUUGGUUGAUGGCAAUCUAGAGAUGGCACGUUUUAAUUCUCCCCAGGGAGUGAUAUUUCUUAACAAUGAUACACUAAUAGUGGCUGAUACCGAAAAUCAUGCCAUACGCCAAGUUAAUUUAACAACCAGAACCGUCGAAACCUUAGCUGGCACAGGGCAGCAGGGACAUGAUCGUCUAGGCGGUAAAAUUGGACCAUUGCAGCAAAUAUCUUCUCCCUGGGAUGUGGCAGUUUUUCGAACCCGAGACAUGGACAUGUCUUUUCAUUUGGACGAACAAAAUGUUCCAGAGAAAACUAUUAUUAUAAUAUCAAUGGCUGGUACUCAUCAAAUAUGGGGCUAUUUCCCAGAAGGUAUGAUUUGGUGGAAAUUUAAGAAAUUUGAGCCACGCACUUGUGUUUCUGUGAUAGGCAAUGGCAUGGAAGAGAAUCGUAAUAAUUCUUAUCCCCAAAAUGCUGCCUUUGCACAACCCUCCGGUUUGGCUAUGGCCAAAGACUAUCUGUUUAUAGCGGACAGUGAAAGUUCCAGUAUACGCAAAGCAUCCAUGGUAGAUGGCAAAGUUUUGGCUGUGGUUGGAGGAGAUCGUAAUCCACAGAAUCUUUUUGCUUUCGGUGAUGUUGAUGGUAAACAAUAUGCUGCCAAACUCCAGCAUCCUUUGGGUGUAACUUACAAUCAUAUCAAUGGUAAAGUUUAUGUAGCCGAUACCUACAAUCACAAACUUAAAGUCAUUGACGUCGACUCGAGUACCAUUGAAACUUUGGCCAUAAAGCAAUACAACGAUGACUCUAAACUGCAACAAUUCAAUGAACCAGCUGGUCUUUGUUUCGACUCAACUGGUCAAUAUAUGCUUGUCUCCGAUACUAAUAAUCAUCAGAUAUUACGUAUUAAUAUGCAAACUCUAAAAGCCGAACCAAUUAAUUUAAACUUCCAACAGGUCAACAAUGCAGACGUAACAGUUACUGAUGGUCCUUUGCGUUCCGGUUUGGAAUUACUAAAACAGCUUCCCCUAAAACAUUGCAAACAAUUAAAACUGCAAGUAUGCGUUUCUCUAGAUGACCAAUUAAAAUUUACCACAGAUGCUCCUCAGAAAUGGUCUGUUAACAGUAAAAAUAGUGCCUUGAAAUCUUUAAAUACUAAAGGUUCUUUAACCGAUGGUAAAUUUGUAUUACAAUUGCAACGUCAGGAUGACCUUAAAUCUAACGUGCCAAAGGAAGAUAUAAAAUUGGAUUUAUCUUUAAGUUUAUGCGAUGCCAAAAGUUGUCUAAUGAAAAGAUUUUCCUUGAUUCUAAAUGAUAAUGGAGAUUCUUUAACGGCAAAUAAUUCAGCUGCUGAAGAGUGUAAUGUUCAGGUUCAUAUUACACCUAAUGGUGUAAGACUUUGUUAAGGUUUUGUCCAAAAAAAAAAAAAAGAAACUAAAGUUGAGAUUAUGUUUGUAUUAUUUUAUGUAACCGUUAUUGUUUAAUUUGAUCCUUUUAUUCUGCUGUAAUUUUAAUAAA